AUGCCCCCCUGGUCGUUGAUUUCGCCUGCCUCUCGAGGCAUUGGCUUCGCACUCGCAAGACGGGUUCUCCAGACUACGAAUGCGCCAGUCGUCGCGACUGCGCGAAAGAAUCUAGACAAGACGAAGGAAGAGCUCCUCGAAGGGUUAGACGUUGAUGAGAAACGGCUGACAGUGUUGCACUUGGACGUCCUCGACGAAAGGACCAUCGAGGACGCGGCGACUUCAUGCAAAAGGCACUUUGCCACUAGCUCUCAUCAGUUGCAGCUCGCAUUCAUCGUACCAGGCAUACUUUUUCCGGAGAAGUCGCCGGCACAAAUCAAAGCCGACGAUGCGCUGUUGACGUUCCGCACCAACACGUUGGGCCCGAUGCUGAUGCUAAAACACUUCUCGCCCUUCAUACCCAAGAAGAGCGCAUCCAUCAGCAAGGACGUAGAUUACAUGGAAGGUCUACCAUCCGUCGCGACCACAGCUGUGAUGUCAGCGCGAGUGGGAAGCAUCGGCGACAACCGCCUGGGAGGCUGGUACAGUUACCGCGCGUCCAAAGCCGGGGUUAAUCAGCUUGUAAAGACAUUCGACAACCAUUUACGAUCAGCGUCUGGUGAGAAUGCUAUGGCAGUCGCACUGCAUCCAGGCACAGUGAAGACGAGUCUAAGCCAAGACUUCUGGAGCAAUGUGAAGAAAGAGAAGCUAUUCGAAAGAGAUUGGGUAGCUGAGAGACUCUGCGACGUAGUUAAGCAAGUGGGGGUGGAAGGGCGUGGCAAAUGCUGGGAUUGGGAUGGGAAGGAAGUACCACCUUGA